UUCGCUUUCGGUUACAGGAGCGCUCAUUAUUCUAGACGCGACUUCUGCAUUUGUGUGAACCGUGAAGUCUUGUCUGUCUUCACCUUGGACGACUGAUUACAUGACAUUUCUUUACAUCUUAGGUGUUUUAUCAGGAGAGUCUAACCUGCACCAGGAGGGGGUAUCCAGAUUUUGGGAACGUGCGUCUUUACGCAUGACUGUGUGCCAUUUGAAAGUGGAGAUUUGUUGCUGAAACCCCGCAGCAUGUGCUGAAGAUGGAAGAAGGAGCCAAGUUGCACCUGAAAGAGUGGCUGGUAGCUCAGAUAGAGAGUGGGCAAUAUGAAGGACUGUGCUGGGAGGAUGAGGACAAAACCAUGUUCAGGAUCCCGUGGAAACACGCAGCCAAGAAGGACUACAAGCAGACGGAAGAUGCCGCUUUGUUCAAGGCCUGGGCGGUGUACAAGGGAAAGUACAGGGAGGGAAGAGACAAAGCCGAUCCCACCAUGUGGAAAACCCGCCUCCGCUGUGCGCUCAACAAGAGCACAGACUUCCAGGAGGUCCCUGAGCGCAACCAGCUCGACAUCACUGAGCCCUACAAGGUGUAUUUCAUCCAUCAUGACAGUGGAUCAGGCCGGCCGGCAGAGGCUGAGGUGAAAAGCCCGACGAUCAAGCCUACAGUAAAGAGUCCAAGGAGAUCCAGUUCUCUGGACAAACAGGACGAAAAAGAAGAAAAGCUACGAGUUGUUUCAGAAGACCCGCUGAGAGAGCACAUGUACUGUGAGGUAACAGGAAAGAAACCUCACAAUCCAGCCCCUGCUCCCAUCACUUUCAUCAAUCCUCCAUUUACAGUCUCAGACUUCCGUAUGCAGGUGAGGCUGUUUUACCAGGGCCAGAUGGUCAUGAAAGUGAUGACCAGAAGUCCGGAUGGGUGCUUCAUCCUGCAGGGGCACGUCCCCCUGGGAAACGAGCAGAUCUACGGCCCGUGCACUGCCGAGCAGCUCUCCUUCCCAUCACCCACCUGCGCAGGCCUGCCAGCCGGUAUGACCGAGGCAAUGAAUCGCCUCCUGUGCCACCUGGAGCGGGGCGUGCUGCUGUGGGUGGCGCCCGACGGGGUGUUCAUCAAGCGGUUCUGCCAGGGCAGGGUGUACUGGAGCGGCCCCUUGGCCCGACACACUGACCGCCCCAACAAACUGGAACGAGAAAAGACCUUCAAACUGCUUGAUGUGCAGACGUUUCUCCUCGCACUCCAGAGCUCUUUACAAGGGAAGGGACCAACGCCUUCCUACAAGAUUGAGCUCUGCUUUGGAGAGGAGUACCCCGACCCGAGCGUGCCAAAAAGCAGGAAGCUGAUCAUGGUGCAGGUUGUUCCCUUGUUUGCUACGAAUCUGCUGGAGAAGUUCAACUUGGGAGAGACUGAGGAGAAGUGUCAGACUCUCAGCGCCAGCACAGAGGAGGAGAAGAAGUAGAGAGGCUGGGAAAGCCGCCUGGCAGCAGGUUGGACACAGACAAUAUACAAGUGGAUGACUCAAACCGUUUUCAAGUCUCAGCAAACAGCCGUCUGGACAGAGAUGUGUGUGUGUGAUGAUCGAACAGCUGCCGCUGGAUCAACCUGUGUGAAUUAACAGAAAUUCGCUUCGACCCACCAAAAAAUGUGCAAAAAAAUCUUGUUUGACCCAAUAAAAAACUGUGCUUCCAAUGUAAUGUAAAUAUUAACCGAUGUAGAUUUUCAU